UUUUAUUUUUAUUUUUCAGUUUUUUUGGGGAAUUGGGAGUGGUUUCGCAAAAUCAAAGUCGGUGUCUCUCCCUUUCUUCUCUCGCUUACGAAAAAACGAAACCCUCGAUCUCAGACAGAAAAAAAAAAAAAUCCACGAUGGCGAAACCCUCAAAGCCACAGGCGUCUUCCGACGAAGCCAUGUCCAACGACUCCAAUUCGUCGGAGGAAGAGCAGGUCAAUGACCAGAUCAACGAGGAAGAGGAUGAUGAGGAGCUCGAAGCCGUCGCUAGGUCCGCUUCUGAUGACGACGACGAAGAAGCUGCCACCGGCACCGGUGAUUCGCCGGCUUCCGAUGAGGACGUUGCCGACGCCGAUAACGGUGCCGACGAGGAGGUCAGUGCUGAAAUUAGCAAGCGUGAGAAGGCCAGACUUAAAGAAAUGCAGAAAAUGAAGAAACAAAAGAUUCAGGAAAUAUUGGAUGCACAAAAUGCAGCCAUUGAUGCUGAUAUGAACAAUAAGGGGAAGGGACGCUUGAAAUAUCUCCUACAGCAAACAGAGUUGUUUGCCCAUUUUGCUAAAGGUGAUCAUUCUUCAUCACAGAAGAAGGUAAAGGGAAGGGGUCGCCAUGCAUCAAAAUUAACUGAAGAGGAAGAAGAUGAAGAAUAUCUAAAAGAGGAAGAAGACGGUUUAGGAAACACUCGUUUGGUUACACAACCUUCUUGUAUACAAGGAAAGAUGAGGGAUUACCAACUUGCUGGAUUAAAUUGGCUUAUAAGACUUUAUGAGAAUGGUAUAAAUGGAAUUCUUGCAGACGAAAUGGGGCUUGGUAAAACAUUGCAAACUAUCUCCUUGUUGGGCUACCUGCAUGAGUUCAGGGGAAUUACUGGCCCUCAUAUGGUAGUUGCUCCAAAAUCUACUCUUGGAAAUUGGAUGAAUGAAAUAAAGCGCUUUUGCCCUGUUUUGCGUGCUAUAAAGUUCCUUGGUAAUCCAGAGGAAAGGAGGCAUAUACGAGAGAACUUACUGGUUGCUGGGAAGUUUGAUGUAUGUGUUACAAGCUUUGAAAUGGCUAUCAAAGAGAAAACUACUUUACGCCGAUUUAGCUGGCGCUAUAUAAUAAUUGAUGAAGCCCAUAGAAUCAAGAAUGAGAAUUCUCUCCUUUCAAAGACUAUGAGGCUCUAUAAUACCAAUUAUCGCCUUUUAAUUACUGGUACACCGCUCCAGAACAAUCUUCAUGAACUCUGGUCGCUGUUAAACUUUCUUCUGCCCGAGAUAUUUAGUUCAGCUGAAACGUUUGAUGAGUGGUUUCAAAUUUCUGGUGAAAAUGAUCAGCAGGAGGUUGUUCAACAACUUCACAAGGUCCUACGCCCGUUUCUUCUUCGAAGAUUGAAGUCGGAUGUGGAGAAAGGUUUACCUCCUAAAAAGGAAACUAUACUUAAAGUGGGCAUGUCGCAAAUGCAGAAACAGUACUAUAGGGCUUUACUGCAGAAAGAUCUUGAAGUUGUUAAUGCUGGUGGAGAACGCAAGCGUCUUUUGAAUAUAGCAAUGCAGCUUCGUAAAUGCUGUAAUCAUCCAUAUCUUUUCCAAGGUGCUGAACCUGGUCCUCCAUACACCACUGGCGAUCAUCUUAUUACAAAUGCUGGUAAAAUGGUUCUUUUGGAUAAGUUGCUUCCAAAGCUAAAAGAGCGUGACUCGAGGGUCCUAAUAUUUUCACAGAUGACGAGGCUGCUAGACAUUCUUGAAGAUUAUUUGAUGUUUCGUGGAUACCUGUAUUGUCGAAUUGAUGGGAACACUGGUGGAGAAGACCGUGAUGCUUCCAUUGAGGCCUUUAAUAAGCCAGGAAGUGAGAAAUUUGUUUUCUUACUAUCAACCAGAGCUGGAGGUCUUGGUAUUAAUCUUGCCACUGCGGAUGUUGUCAUUCUUUAUGAUAGUGAUUGGAACCCACAAGUUGAUCUGCAAGCACAGGACCGUGCUCACAGGAUUGGUCAAAAGAAAGAAGUUCAAGUCUUUCGAUUUUGCACGGAGUAUACUAUUGAGGAAAAAGUGAUUGAGAGGGCGUACAAGAAGCUUGCACUUGAUGCUUUGGUGAUUCAACAAGGACGAUUAGCUGAGCAGAAGACCGUUAACAAAGAUGAGUUACUUCAAAUGGUGAGGUUUGGUGCUGAAAUGGUUUUCAGUUCCAAGGAUAGCACAAUUACAGAUGAGGACAUUGACAGAAUCAUAGCAAAGGGAGAAGAGGCAACAGCUGAGCUUGAUGCAAAGAUGAAGAAAUUUACUGAAGAUGCAAUCAAAUUUAAAAUGGAUGACACGGCUGAACUAUAUGAUUUUGAUGAUGAGAAGGAUGAGAAUAAGUUUGACUUCAAGAAAAUUGUUAGUGAAAAUUGGAUUGAGCCGCCAAAAAGAGAGCGGAAGCGCAAUUACUCUGAGUCUGAGUACUUUAAACAAACAAUGCGCCAGGGUGGUCCAGCUAAACCAAAAGAACCUCGGAUUCCUCGGAUGCCUCAAUUACAUGAUUUCCAGUUUUUUAACACACAAAGGUUGAGUGAACUGUAUGAGAAAGAAGUGCGAUAUCUCAUGCAAACACAUCAAAAGAACCAGUUGAAAGAUACGAUAGAUGUGGAUGAGCCUGAAGAUGUUGGAGAUCCAUUGACUGCUGAAGAGUUGGAGGAGAAGGAGCGGCUUCUAGAAGAGGGAUUUUCUUCAUGGAGUAGGAGGGAUUUCAAUACAUUCAUUAGGGCUUGUGAGAAGUAUGGCCGAAAUGAUAUAAAGAGUAUUGCUUCUGAAAUGGAGGGUAAAACCGAGGAGGAAGUUGAGAGAUAUGCAAAAGUAUUCAAAGAAAGAUACAAGGAGUUAAAUGAUUAUGAUAGGAUUAUUAAGAACAUAGAAAGAGGGGAGGCUAGGAUUUCUCGGAAAGAUGAAAUUAUGAAAGCUAUUGGGAAGAAAUUGGAUCGCUACAAGAAUCCAUGGCUGGAGCUAAAGAUCCAAUAUGGUCAGAACAAAGGGAAGUUAUAUAAUGAAGAAUGCGAUCGUUUCAUGAUAUGCAUGGUCCACAAGCUUGGGUAUGGAAACUGGGAUGAGUUGAAGGCAGCAUUUCGGACAUCCCCCUUGUUUCGGUUUGAUUGGUUUGUCAAGUCUCGUACAACUCAGGAACUUGCCAGGAGGUGUGAUACAUUAAUACGGUUAGUGGAGAAAGAAAACCAAGAACAUGAUGAGAGGGAGAGGCAGGCUCGGAAAGAGAAGAAGCUUGCUAAGAAUAUGACACCAUCAAAGCGGGCCAUGGCUAGGCAGGCAACUGAGAGUCCCUCUUCCCUAAAGAAGAGGAAGCAAUCAACCAUGGAUGAUUAUGUUGGCACGGGAAAAAGGCGGAAAUGAUACUUAAAUUGUAAGUGAAUUCUUUUUGGAGCUUGAAAAGGAUUAGGGGCUCUGUUUCAUGUCGAGUAAAAUGAGCUGCUUCUGAAUCUGGAUUUAUGUCCUCAGGCCAGCUCAAACUUAAUUUGUGGCCAUAGGCUAGAAAGAAAAAACCAGGCCUUAUUAAAUUGUAUAGUAUUUUUAUUAAUUAAGAUGCAGGAAUAGAAUAGAAUAGUUAUUCUAUAUAUAUGAUUUAACUAUUUCUAUAUUCUGAAGUACGAUUUGGAUUCUUAUGGAAUAUCUAUGGAAAUAUAUAGCUAUACUCCUCUUUUGAAAUAUGAGUGAGUAUUUUUUUCA